AUGGAACAAACUUUUAUCAUGAUCAAGCCCGACGGCGUCCAGAGGGGUCUUGUCGGUGAAAUCAUCUGCAGGUUUGAAAAGAAGGGUUUCACUUUGAAAGGUCUAAAGCUGAUCACUGUGGACCGCCCUUUUGCUGAGAAACAUUACCAGGACUUGUCUGCCAAGCCCUUCUUUAGCGGUCUUGUUGAUUACAUCAUUUCUGGCCCAGUCGUUGCAAUGAUCUGGGAGGGGAAGAACGUUGUUCUGACUGGAAGAAAGAUCAUCGGAGCAACAAACCCUGCAGCUUCUGAACCAGGAACCAUCCGUGGUGAUUUUGCAAUUGACAUUGGCAGGAACGUGAUCCAUGGGAGUGACUCAGUGGAGAGUGCUAACAAGGAAUCUGCCUUGUGGUUCCCUGAUGGACCUGUCAACUGGCAGAGUAGCCUUCAGCCUUGGAUCUACGAGUGA